AUGUGGACACAGUGGCACAGAGCAACUGCUCUUGUAGGUUGCUUAGAUCCUGGGAUGGGAUGGGUCAAGGGUUCGAUGGUAAAUCCCAGAGUAGAGAGACACAAGGAGGAUAUGAUAAAAGCAGCGAGGAAGCUCAAGAAGUUGUGGCCAAGAAAGAAGAAGAGGAAGAAGACUCAUCAGUAUCAAGAACCCUAUUACUACCAUCCACCCUCCUCAUGUCAUUAUUGCUGCUCUUACCCUACUGCACUGGCUCAACCCUCAGCUCCACCAUUGCCACCAUGGCUUGAGCCUGAACUGACCUAUGAGGCCAUUUCAGCACCUGGGAUCGGGGUGCAGCCCUUGCCAGAGCUGGCCUAUCCAAGUCAAAUCCAAGCUCCAUCACAAGAAAUCGUCGAGGAAACAGCUCCCAUGUAUCCUGCAUUGUCUUCGUAUCAGCAAUACCUGGUUCCAAAUCCUGUUUAUGGGGUGCCUGUUGAGCAGAAACUUGUAAGAGAGAAGUCAGCUGGGUUUUUCGGAUGUGUUGUUAACUUUGGCAUCAACAUAAUCCGUUGCUUCUGCCCAUGUUUUCGCAUUCGGGAAGGAAGUGAGGUUGUAGUGGCUUGA